GGGAGCAGAGAGUACCGAGGGAUCAGAUCAUGCCGAAUGGCCGCAGUGGGCAAGACAAGGACAUAGAAAUGGCACCCCCAAAUCGAUCCAUCGGUCCCUGCGACGCUGUCAUCCAACUCGGACAGAAGUUCGUAUCCAAUUUGGAGAGCGUGGAUAUAAUUCAUGGGUGUCCAACCAUCGCAACGAUGCGGACUCAACAGCGCAUAGCGGAUGUCAUAGAGUGAUAUGACGCGCGUUGAAAAUGCUGGAGGAGCGAAGCGACAAAGACAGUGGCCUUGGCAAGUCAAUGUCAGCUGUUGCGGAGGACAGACAAGAAAUGAUUCCAGUGCUCACGCGCGAGAUCUUCUACUGUUCACCGGCCCUCGCCUGCUCCGGCUGAGGUCGGACAUGGUCAACCCGUUCAUCUUGGAGAGGUCUCCGUCUAUCGUGAUGUUUCCACAAACGAAAUUACAUUCGCGAGAAAGAAGACCUUGCUGGCCUGCAUCAUGCCCUUGAGGCCCUGUGUCAGUGUUUGGACCUGUGGUAUCUCACAUUUGCAUUGGAGGAGCAUGCAUCUCUGAUGCGACAGGCGCGACAAACUUCUGAUCACAUCUUUUGCGAAUGUUCUCCGUUGUAUGACCGCAGCUCGCGACCGGAGCACCUCCAAGAGGCAAAGCAGCUCGCAGAGGAGAUGAGGCAACGCGAGGUAAGGUUGAACUGUGCGGUGUUGAGCACGACAGAAACACGUCUGAACGAGACGAGCUCCUUCUCACACGCACAUGGACUGCCCUGAACGACUAAUGACGCUCGAGACGGCGAUGAGGUAGCGGGGUUCAUCUGCGAGGAGUCCUCAAUGAUGCUAGAGAGGCUGACGAGCUUAGGUCUUGGAGUGAGUCCUGGACAAGCUUGUAUGCUAGUGUAGAACGAAUGGGACGGAGGAUGCCGCACGAGAGGCGUCACGGCUC